AUGGCAGUUUCAGAGACACAGCCUGCUCCGCAACCCAGUGCUGAAGCGCAAAUUGCGCCUGUGAGCGCGAAUAAAGAGGCCCGGAAGAAGUUGUUCGGCAGGGAAUUCUACGAAAGUAUAGGAAGCCCCAAGUAUAUUGUGGCGCCUAUGGUGGACAGAUCCGAAUUUGCCUGGCGCAUGCUUACCCGUUCGUUUAUGCCUGCUGAUGACCCGAAACCGCUUCUUUCAUAUUCUCCUAUGUAUCAUGCGCGCUUGUUCCGCGAGCAACCGAAUGUCCGCUGGCAACAUUUCCAGCCUACCCGCGCGGGAAUCAACAAGAAUGAUAACUCGUCGUACCUUGAUGGCAACCCAGCAAUUGACAGACCGCUCUUCGUACAGUUCUGCGCCAACGAUCCCGAUGAUUUUAUAGAAGCUGCGCGUCAUGUGGCACCCUAUUGCGAUGCUGUUGAUCUCAACCUUGGAUGCCCCCAGGGUAUUGCUAGGAAGGGCCACUACGGAGCCUUUCUGCAGGAGGACUGGGAUCUGAUCUACAAAUUGAUCAACCGACUUCACAAGGAACUCUCUAUCCCCGUAACCGCCAAGUUCCGCAUACAGGAAUCGAAGGAAAAGACGUUAGAAUAUGCGAAGAUGAUACUGUCUGCUGGUGCGAGCAUCAUUACCCUUCACGGGCGUACCAGGGAGCAAAAGGGUCACAACACUGGAUUAGCCGAUUGGAGCUACAUUCGGUACUUGCGCGAUAACCUGCCGCCGGAGACGGUUAUUUUCGCGAAUGGCAACAACCUCAACCACGAUGAUCUCGAACGUUGUCUUGAGGCAACAGGCGCGGAUGGUGUGAUGAGUGCUGAGGGCAACUUGUCUGAUCCCGCCAUCUUUAGCAAACCUCCACCUGUUGGUACUCAUACUCGCGAAUACUGGAGAGGCAAAGAUGGAAAGGGUGGAUAUCGGAUCGAUGCGAUCGUCCGCCGAUAUCUGGACAUUAUCUAUAAAUAUGUCCUAGAAGUGCCAGUCCCUGAGCGAAAACCCCUCUACCUCCCCUCGGAUCCCAAGGAACCUGAAGAGCUGUCGCAAACAGAAUCCGGAGAAGCAGGUGGUGAGGACGGUCCUCCACGGAAGAGACAGAAGCGUGAAAAGUCCAAGAGACACAUUUCACCCAGUCUCGGGGUGAUGCAAGGACAUCUCUUCCAGGUCCUUCGUCCCAUGGUUGCGAAGCACACAGAUGCGCGAGAUGCGCUUGCAAGGUCCCGACCUGGCGACAUGGAGGCUUUCGAGCAUACCUUAACGCUUGUUGAACAGGCAAUCAAGAAGGGACUUGACGAGUACGAGCAAUUCCCUGAACGAUUCGAAGAGCAACCCAGUGUCGAGCUGAAAGGCUCGAAAGCGACAAUCGCAGAAUAUGGUAGGCCGUGGUGGGUCUGUCAACCUCACAUCCGACCGUUGCCCGAGGAGGCCUUGGAGAACGGCGCUUUGAGACUCAAGAAAAAGGAUCUUGUCGAGGAAGACAAGCCCAAGAAUGGUUCAAUUGAACCAACAGCGGCGUCGGACGAAUCAAGGCCAGCUUCUCUCGAGCCUGUCGAGACCAAAACACAGUCGACAACCGACCGCUUGGUCAGUGGUUAA